CAGUGUGGUGUGUUCGCGAUAGAGACAAGGGAAGAUGGCGACGCAGGAGAGCGAAGCAGCUCAAGAAAUCGUCAGCAACGGCGAGGUGAGCAGCAAUGGGACCGUUGCAACGACAGAUGGCGAGGCUGUGCAGACGGCUGAAACUGCACAGGAUCCUCAGGAGCAGCAGCCACCGCAACAACCACCUAAUGCAUGGCAGGUCAUUAAAGGAGUCCUCUUCAGAAUCUUCAUAAUCUGGGCGAUCAGCAGCUGGUUCCGUCGAGGGCCGUCCACUCCUGACCCCAGCACUCCAGGCGGGGCCCCCAGCGUACCGAGCAGGAACCUGUUCCCCAAAGAAACCCUCAUGGACCUGUAUGUGUACUUGUCCCCAGAUGAGGUGUUCACUGACUUCAACAACACAGAAGCCCUGUUCUGGUUCCACAGGGAUCUGGUCUAUGGAGACUGGAACAUCGGGGAGAACGGGGACGGCUGUUACGAGCAAUAUAAGGAUAUGGAAAUCCCAGAGUUUUUAAUGCAGAAUGGUUCCAUAUACAUGCACGUCUACUUCACUAAAACUGGAUUCCACCCAGACCCCAAACGCAAGGGGCAGUAUCGCAGACUGGCAACAGUUCAUUCAUCACGAAUGCUGAAUAAAUUUAAGCGAAGAAAGUUUAUGAAGACCAAGAAUCUGCUAACGGGAGAGACGGAAGCGGAUCCUGAAGUGAUCAAGCGGGCGGAGAGCCAUGGUCCCGUGGAGAUUAUCUCUCACUGGCACCCCAACCUCACCAUCAACAUGGUGGACGACCACACCGCCUGGGUCAAGGGUUCUGUUCCCCCUCCUCUAGAUCAGCAUGUCAAGUUUGAUGCUGUCAGUGGCGACUACUAUCCCAUCGUGUACUUCAAUGACUACUGGAACCUUCAGAAGGACUACUACCCCAUCAACGACACCCUGACGACCCUCCCACUGCGCCUCGCCUACUGCCCACUGUCCUUGUGGCGUUGGCAGCUGUACGCCGCCCAAAAUGCACGAUCCCCGUGGAACUUCCUACCAGACGACACCUACGAGCAGUCGGAUGAAGACCAAGACUCUGUCAAGACGGCCCUUUUGGAAACCAACCCUUACCUGCUGGGAAUCACCAUAGUUGUCUCCAUUGUGCACAGCAUCUUUGAGUUCCUUGCCUUCAAGAAUGAUAUCCAGUUCUGGAACAGCCGACAGUCUCUCGAAGGCCUCUCAGUGCGCUCCAUCAUAUUUGGAGUCUUUCAGUCUGGGGUUGUGCUGCUGUACAUCCUGGACAACGAAACUAACUUCGUGGUGCAGGUCAGCGUCUUCAUCGGCCUUCUUAUUGACCUGUGGAAGAUCACCAAGGUCAUGGACGUCAAAUUGGACAGAGAGAACAAAAUUUUGGGGCUGAUUCCAAGAUUGCAAUUCAACGACAAGUCAACAUAUGUGAAGUCUUCAACCAAAAUCUUCGACGACAUGGCCUUCAGGUACCUGUCGUGGCUGCUCUACCCUAUCUUCGGUUGCUAUGCGGUCUACAGUAUAUUGUACGUAGAGCACAAAGGCUGGUACUCCUGGGUACUCAGCAUGCUCUAUGGCUUCUUGUUAACCUUUGGUUUCAUUACAAUGACGCCGCAGUUAUUCAUCAACUACAAGAUGAAGUCUGUGGCCCACCUCCCAUGGAGGAUGCUCACCUACAAGGCUCUCAACACCUUCAUCGAUGACUUGUUUGCCUUCGUCAUCAAGAUGCCCAUGAUGUACAGGAUAGGAUGCCUCAGAGAUGAUGUGGUGUUCUUCAUCUAUCUUUACCAGCGCUGGAUCUACCGGGUUGAUCCCAACAGGUUCAACGAGUUUGGCACCAGCGGAGUGAAGCGUAAGCCGGGCGACCCGAUAGAGACGGACCCCCUGGCAAUGAUGGACGCCACAGAUGACCCGGCAGUGACGGACGACCCGGCAGUGACGGACGACCCGGCAGUGACGGACGACCCGGCAGUGACGGACGCCGCUCCCGUCGCCGCCGUCACAGACAAACCAGAUGGGGAGAAGAAGAACGAUUAAGCAAGACACCGCCAUUAUUUACCUCCCUUACCCUCAGUGCUGGGGCGAAGAGGACUUGAAAUGUAGGCAGGAAGUGGAUUUUUCGUUCAGUAGUUAUGGACACCACUACAAAAAAAAAUGCAGUUCAACUGUUCCCUGUGAUUUCUGUGUGCAUCCACAGAGAAAUCAUAUUCAGUGUAAACUUAAAUUCUUAUUUCUGUUCCCCGCCCUCUCGUUUUGCAGUUCCAGUGAAGUAAAACCAAACGUGAUGUACUGUAUUCUGUUUGAUUUUUCAGAGGUAACAAUGUCUUGGAGUAGAGGUUUGGAAGGGAACUGGUUGCAGUCAUACUACAUUUUUUUUUUUUUAUACGAGUGGAAAAGAGGCCCCGGGCAGCUUUUUUUUUUUUGGUGUAGAUUCCUUGUGAAUUUUUCUUUUCAUUCCAUGUGAGCACCGUGUUCAGAUGCCUGUAAACUGGUUAGUGGUGCUGGAGGAAACUGGAAAGAUCCUGAGCCACGAAGAAGUUACGAAAAGAGGAGGUGGUGACUGGAAACAAGAUGGACGACCCUACAGGACACUACCCAGACAGUGACUACUACCCUCAAUUUUAAACAAAUGUUUAAUGUUCUGAGCUGAACAUAAAAAAUAACAGCCUUGUUGGUAUUAAUAUAAAUAUAUUAAUAUUGUCAAUGACUUGAUUUUUGUUUUUUAGUCACUGAAACAUUCUUUUGUAUCUCCUCAAACUGUACAGAGUCUCAGCUUGUCAUGUUAUUAAUGCCUAUGUCAAAUCUGUCUAACAAUAGCUAAUUUACAAGUCUAAUUUUAAUUUCAACCCUCGGCUGAACGUCUGAUUUCCAAAUUGUUUCACGUUCACAUUUCGAACCAUCACCUAGACGGACACGGUGGAGAGUGUCAGGUGUGGCUGGAAGAAUUACAGUGUCUCUUGUUUUAAUUUUGAGUGCUGUAAGUCCUGAAAGAAAGAGGGUUCCAUGUUGGUACAUUUUGAUUCAUUCAUGUUUAUAGUAAAAUUCAAGUGUGAUUUAAAAUGUCUAUGCAAUGCUUUCUUGAUGUUUCUAUUACAAAUGUUUACCUUUCACGGUUCAAGAAUGAUAUUUUUGCCUGAAACUUAGUUCAUCAUUUCUAUUGAUGUUACAGGAACUAGUUUGUGUGUGCUUGUGAAGCAUGCAUAUAUAGUGAGGUCUUUGCUCGUUCUCCCUGAAAGGUUUUAAAACUCAUGAAAAUGUUCAAAAUCAUAUCAAUUAUUUUCACUCAUGAGUUUUUCUUUUGUCAUAAAACUGAAUAAUAGCAUCAUAAUUUCAUCCAAAGGUCAAAAGGUGAUGACUUAAAAUUUGUUUUAAAGAUUACAUUUACAAGAAAUAAAAAUAACAAACAAAACUUUCAA